GCAUGUGACAGUAAACACGCUGCGAUUGGCUAGCAAUGGCUGACAGGUUAGGUUGCGCCCGGAGGGUGGCAGGCCUUCCUGACUGGCGAAGGGAUUGAAGCUUGGGGAUUGGGAAGCAGUUUUCAUUCUCUCCUUAGCUCCCCCCCACCCUCUUGAGUAUCAGCUGGUGUCCUCAAGGAUGGGAGAUUGAUGUAGUCAGCAGUCUGGAACGUACAGCAUUAGCGGGAUGGUCGGCCACCCAGGCUGUAAUGUCGUCCCUGACGACCUCCCAUGAGAGCGAGAACUCCACUCCCAGGUUUUUUGUUGGUACCAGAGAUGAUGAGACAGACUUUCUGGGAUCAAACAUGAAGACAGAUGAGAUCGAUUUCUUUGAGGACGAUGAGGAGUCAGAGUCGCCUCCAGAACGGCAGAUUGUGGUCGGAAUCUGUGCCAUGACCAAAAAGUCCAAGUCAAAGCCCAUGACCCAGAUCCUGGAACGUCUGUGCAAGUUUGAGUACAUCACAGUGGUGAUCAUGGGUGAAGAUGUCAUUCUGAACGAGCCAGUGGAGAACUGGCCUCCUUGUGACUGCCUCAUUUCCUUCCACUCUAAAGGAUUCCCUCUGGAUAAGGCAGUUGCUUACGCCAAGUUGUGCAAUCCGUUUCUGAUUAAUGACCUUGAUAUGCAGUAUUACAUCCAGGACAGGCGAGAAGUGUACCGGAUCCUGCAGGAAGAGGGCAUAGACUUGCCCCGCUAUGCUGUGCUUAAUCGAGAUCCUGAUAAGCCGGAUGAGUGCAACCUAGUAGAGGGAGAGGACCAAGUGGAGGUGAAUGGAGCCGUUUUCCCAAAGCCGUUUGUAGAGAAGCCAGUCAGUGCGGAGGAUCACAAUGUUUAUAUUUACUACCCAACUUCGGCAGGUGGGGGCAGCCAGAGGCUCUUCCGGAAGAUCGGUAGCCGGAGCAGUGUUUACUCUCCUGAAAGCAGUGUACGGAAAACAGGCUCGUACAUUUACGAGGAGUUCAUGCCUACAGAUGGCACUGAUGUCAAGGUGUACACAGUUGGGCCGGAUUAUGCCCAUGCGGAAGCCCGGAAGUCCCCUGCUCUGGACGGGAAGGUUGAACGGGACAGUGAGGGGAAAGAAAUCCGCUAUCCGGUCAUGCUGACUGCCAUGGAGAAGUUAGUUGCCAGGAAAGUCUGUGUUGCCUUUAAGCAGACAGUGUGUGGGUUCGACCUUCUGCGGGCGAAUGGCCACUCCUUUGUCUGUGAUGUGAAUGGGUUCAGCUUUGUGAAGAACUCCAUGAAGUAUUAUGAUGACUGCGCCAAAAUUCUUGGGAAUAUAAUCAUGCGGGAAUUGGCUCCCCAGUUCCAGAUUCCCUGGUCCAUCCCAACGGAGGCAGAGGAUAUUCCCAUUGUCCCCACAACUUCAGGCACUAUGAUGGAGCUGCGCUGUGUUAUUGCAGUGAUACGGCAUGGAGACCGCACCCCCAAGCAGAAGAUGAAGAUGGAGGUUAAGCACUCUAGGUUCUUCGAAUUAUUUGAGAAAUACGAUGGCUACAAGACGGGGAAGCUGAAGCUGAAGAAACCAGAGCAGCUGCAGGAAGUGCUGGAUAUUGCACGCCUGCUAGUGGUAGAGUUGGGAACUCACAAUGACUGUGAGAUCGAGGAGAGGAAGUCCAAACUGGAGCAACUAAAAACUGUCCUGGAAAUGUACGGACAUUUCUCUGGCAUUAACCGCAAGGUGCAGCUAACCUACCUGCCUCGUGGAUACCCAAAAGCUUCCAGUGAAGAUGAAGAUGCCCGUAAGGAGCCCUCCCAAUCUCUGCUACUGGUGCUGAAAUGGGGUGGAGAGCUGACCCCAGCAGGAAGGGUCCAGGCAGAAGAGCUUGGUCGGGCCUUUCGCUGUAUGUACCCUGGAGGCCAAGGUGACUAUGCUGGCUUCCCAGGGUGUGGCCUGCUCAGACUGCAUAGCACCUACCGUCAUGACCUCAAGAUCUAUGCUUCAGAUGAGGGCAGGGUUCAGAUGACGGCAGCAGCUUUUGCAAAGGGUCUCCUGGCUCUGGAGGGAGAGCUAACCCCCAUCUUGGUGCAAAUGGUAAAAAGUGCCAAUAUGAAUGGGCUGUUGGACAGUGAUAGCGACUCCCUCAGCAGCUGCCAGCACAGAGUGAAGGCACGGCUGCAUGAAAUCAUGCAGAAGGAUGCCAAGUUCUGCGAGGAGGAUUAUGAAAAGUUAGCACCUACAGGCAGCAUCUCGCUGGUCAACUCCAUGACUUUCAUCCAGAACCCAGUAGAGAUCUGUGACAAGGUGUUUGCCCUGAUCGAGAACCUCACUUCCCAGAUAUGCAAACGUCUGGAAGAUCCCAAAUCUGCAGACCUGCAGCUGUACCACAGUGAGACUUUGGAGUUGAUGCUGCAACGCUGGAGCAAGUUGGAGAGAGAUUUCCGCAUGAAGAAUGGACGCUAUGACAUCAGCAAGAUCCCUGAUAUCUAUGACUGCAUCAAAUAUGAUGUACAACACAAUUGCACUCUGAAGCUGGAGGGCACUGCUGAACUCUUCAAAGUCUCCAAAGCCUUGGCAGAUGUGAUCAUACCCCAGGAAUAUGGGAUUAAUAAGGAGGAAAAGCUAGAGAUUGCUAUAGGCUUCUGUCUUCCUCUCAUCAAGAAGAUCCAGUUGGACCUACAAAGAACCCAUGAGGAUGAAUCUGUCAACAAGCUGCACCCCUUGUACUCAAGAGGAGUCCUGUCCCCAGGUCGCCAUGUACGGACACGGUUAUACUUCACCAGCGAGAGCCAUGUACAUUCCCUGCUCAGCAUCUUCCGCUAUGGGGGGCUCUUGGAUGAGUCCAAGGACCAGCAGUGGAAGAGAGCCAUGGACUAUUUGAGUGCUAUCUCAGAACUGAACUACAUGACCCAGAUUGUUAUCAUGCUCUACGAGGACAACAACAAGGACCCAUCUUCAGAGGAGCGUUUUCACGUGGAGCUUCAUUUCAGCCCAGGUGUGAAGGGAUGUGAGGAAGAUGGAAGUGCCCCUACAGGGUUUGGCUUUCGGCCUGCAUCAGCAGAAAAUGAUGAUAAGAAGCCAAACCAGGGCAGCAUGGAGGAUCUCUCCAAAGUGAAGAGCAUUGAUGGGACAGACCAAGCACAAGAAAGGUCAUCCCAGCCCUCUGAGCCAAUCUGCAUUCAGCGGAGAUCGCCCUUGAUCCGCAACCGGAAAACUGGGUCCAUGGAGGUGCUGUCCGAGUCCUCUUCCAAAACUGGAGGGUAUCGUCUCUUCUCCUCCUACUCCAGGCAAUCUUCCGAAAUGAAGCAAAGUGGCCUAGGGUCGCAGUGUACAGGACUAUUUAGCACUACUGUGCUCGGAGGCUCCUCCAGUGCCCCAAACCUUCAGGACUACGCACGCAGCCAUGGCAAAAAGUUCGCCGCCAGCCUGACAUACAAAGAUGAGCUCUUGUCUAUGCCAGCCGUAAAACGAUUUUCUGUGUCGUUUGCAAAGCAUCCGACUAAUGACGUGCUUGAACAUCACCGUGUUGCCCAGCUGUUGUGCCGUUUUUCCUCUGACUAUGCCAUGAGACGGAAUAUCUCCUUGGAUGCCACUCUGGCCCACCACCUACAUCAGUGUUCCUACCACCUGCGUCUCUUCAGGAGCUGGCUGAUCUCAGGCCAGGAUGACUUGGAGUGCCUCUACGGUUUUGAAGGCUGCUCCAUGGUUCCCACCAUUUACCCACUGGAGACCCUGCACAACUCCCUCUCUUUGCGACAGGUCAAUGAGUUUCUGACGUCUGUGUGCAGGAGUUACAGCAACUCGCACGCUCGAGCAUCCACAGCUCUGUUUGAUUCCAUGAUUGGAAGCCAGACACCUGGUGACCCCUUCAUGCCUCAGAGAAUCCUCUCAUCCUCAUCUCUGCCAUUGCGCCAGCGCUCUGACAAACCGCCAUGGUAGAUCAAGUUCCUGAAACUCCACAUGCUUCAUGGAUGCAUACUCCUUUGGCUUUCAAACUUGGCCAUACUGGGCAGGAGAUCAUCCCAGAGGAGCAGCAACCGCUGAGUGAAGGAAGGACAUAGAGCGUCAGGAGGGCCCAUCAGCACCUCCAUGCUUUCGAUCAACCCCUCCCCCCCCAGCUGACACAGUGAUUCUGUUUGUUCCUGCUACUGUUGAUGACUUCAAGUUAUUUCAAUAAUUGUUUAAAAGAUGAUAGAAAUCCUUGAAAUUCCUCUUGAGAUGGUUCAAGAGAAGGCUUAUACAUUUUUUGAGAUUCUGUUACUGGCUCCUCAGAACUGUAAAACUUUGCCAGUGAAGAAGGGGAUUUUAAACCUUACUAAGAAUUUAUAGGCUCCCCCAGCCACCCUCUCUGCUUCAUUGAAAUGCGUGGAUUGGAAAUAUCCGGUUCCAUCUGAGAGUUUGGAGUAUUUUGAUAUUCACCUUGUUAGUAAUCACUGCAGCCAAUGAACAAUCUAAGCAGUUUACAAAGGCUGCCCCAAAGGUCAAAGAACCAACCUCUGAAAAAAAGCAGGACUAUCAGUUGCCAACACAUCCCUGCAGGCAGCUUUAGAUGCAGGGGACACAAGGGUACGAUAUAUAGCAACUGGUGGCAAGGAGGAGGGCCUCAUCUGUAUCUGGUUUUACCUAAAGAGGUACAGACACCCUUUGAAGAUUUACUCUUUGAUGGACAAGACCUAGUUAAUUCAAAAACUGAUCAGGCUUUGUACUCAUUAAAAUGCUCCAGAUCCCUGCUUAGAUCACAAUGUAUCCAGAAAAUGAGGAACAUAUAAUUGCGGUCACCUGUGAAAGUUUGGUUUAAGUUACUUACCAGCAUCACACAGGAACUCUGGCAGAGGCUGAGAUUGAAUUCAGUUCUCCAGCUUGGCAGGGCUGGAAUAGAGAGGUGGAUCUGUGAGUAAUCCGCAUAGAGCAGGUUAAAUGUCUGCUUGUGGAUGAGCUUGGUCUGAGACAAAGCAUAGAGGGGGAAGAGUAGAGGAGCAAGGACAGAGCUCAGUGGGACCCCCACAAAGCAUUGAUGAGGGCAUGAGUAGGACCCGCUGAAGGAGUGAGUAGAGAACCAGGAGAGGCCAAGAUUUCCGGAAGAAGUGUGCUUUGCUCCAGGGACUAAUCUCCCUCAGGCACUGGGAGAGCUAGGAGAGCAUGAACUCCGCUUGGGAUAUAAAGCUGUAUCUUGUGGCCGUUUGAGUCACCCUCUCCAGAGCAGUUCUGUGCAUAUGUUGAAUAGAAUGGGGGAGAUGAUGGAGCCCCAUACUCCCGUACUCGACUGUACACAACCUUCAGCCACAUCACAGAGGCCACAUACCACAAUAUUCCAGGUGUCCCCUGUCCAUUAGGAGUGCCGCCUUAUCUGCAAGGCUGAGCCAUAGCUCGUUGGACAGGAGAGCUGCUGAGGUCAGUGUAUUAUGAUUCAUUGCCAAUAAUUAUGCAGCGUACACAUGCCUUUAGCAUGCUGUUAAUAGGCUGCACUCUGCUAGGAGGGUGCGUGAGGUGACAGUUUAACUAAACCAGGGUGAAAAAAUGAAACUUUUAACCCAUUUUUAACUUUAGGUGCCUCUAGAACGUCGGCGCCCCUUGGCAUGUGCCAAACUGGAAAUCUGUCCCUGUCUGAGCAAGCUGUUUGCCCUUUCCAUGUGGGUGAUUGUGUUUCCUAGAGCAGAGAUACUGCCUCCUAGUGAACAUGGCAGCUGGCAGCACUGGGGAUAGACUGGCAGAGGGGCUGUGACCCACUGUAUCAGUGUCACUGUGCUACAGCACCACAAGGCGGCAGUGGGUUCAUUAGCAUGACAAGCACACAGCUCCUGGCUAAGAGCAGUCAUUGUUUACCAGGGACUCAGGGUGCUGCUGCCCACAGCCAGCUGCCCCGUGACAGAGCACGCUCUAUGGGGGAGACAGAACAGUGCCAGCUUUCAGCAGAGCCUUUGUUUAAGUCAAAAGGAAAAACAACCUAGCAGAGCAGCCAGCAUGUCCUAGGAGACGCCGGCGGACUCUGGUGAAUUCAUUACAUCAGUCAGGCCUCACUGAGGCCCUAGUGGAAAUUGAGGGAAUGUUGAGGGUGGGGAGGGGAUGGACCCCAGCUGCUGUCAGGUCUGCUGCUGGCAAGCCUGCCUUGGACAGUGACCAUCUGGGCAUACAGUUCAUACAGCAGAGGCCUAACUUCAAGGAGAACACCAACAUCUGUCUGGGCUGUGCUCCAAAUUGGGGCAGUGGGAGCUGAGACCCACCCCUGCCUGUAAUCAGCACUUCUGACAAUUAGGCAGACUUUUCUGUGACCUUUUCUCCCAGAUGGACACUUUCAGAAGCUGCUGCCCCAAGCAAAAGAUCCAGCUGACUGGUGAGGGUAGGCAGGGCCUCUUCCUAUCAAUCAGCUUUUGGACCCAUAGGACCCACCGUGGCUAUCUGCACUGAGGCAGAAUUAGAACCAGACUGUAACUGAGUUUGUAACUGAUGCAGAGGACCUGCGUCUGUUGGUUUGCCCAUGCUUAUUGUUCACAGAUGUAAAAGCAAGUGGAUCCAAGGAGAUCUGUAACUCUUAGAGAACCUGAGUGCUCUACUCGUAUGCAAUGAUCCUCUCUCAUGGUGGAUGAAAUAGCUUCUGCAGCUAGGUUCAGACCAGAAGAGCAUCGGCUGCAUCUGAUGAAGUGAGCUGUAGCUCACUAAAGCUUAUGCUCAAAUAAAUUUGUUAGUCUCUAAGGUGCCACAAGUCCUCCUUUUCUUUUUGUGGAUACAGACUAACACGGCUGCUACUCUGAAACCUCUCUGUACCCUGUGACUAAUCCUUCUACGAUGGAUCAGAGAACUCCUCUGUAGGGAACAAACCGAGGGCCACCCUCUGGCACCACAUUUUUGAUCAUACAGAUGUCAGGGUAAGAAAUCCUGCACCUUGACUUUUUCCCCCAUUUGCAAAGAUCUGGAGAAAUGCUUUAAAGAAUGCCAGCUUGCCAACUCUUCUAGCCCUGAAUCUGCCAGAGGGGAGGAAUGGGUUUGGCAGGAACAGGGGAAACUGAUGGGCAGUGGGGGUGAGGUUUUUAUUGCUGGGAUUUUAGGGUGGUGGAAGAGCGGGGCUUUUGUAAAGCCCCCAAUGGCAACUGAUGGGGGUCUGUUGCUGCAACACAGCUGUUAAGAAGGGGAGUAACAAUUUUUUGGUAUGACAGACGUGCAGAACCAAAGGCCAGUCUGACAAAGGCAAACAAGAUUCCUGGGAAAGGACAGGGCUAGCUGCAAUUCAGUAUGAGUCUAUAGGUCCUACCCUCACCUAGCAAAGCCACAAUCGUAUUUUGAACUAACAAACUCCAUGUGAGAGGUGAAAAUGUCAUUGUUCAAGGAACAGAGUGGCCACAUCAGAGCCAGCAGGUAGCCAAAGCCCAGAGCCUUAAAGAUUAAUUAGGCCUCUAUCUUCCCUUGCUUUCAGUGGGUGUGAGACACACACAGACCUUUUGAGGGUCUGGGCCUAAGUCACUGUAAUUCCUGGUUGAGACACAAUACAUUUGGCCUGGAGCCAGUCACGUUAAUGGAUGAGUGCUAAGAGAGCCCAUCAGCUACAGAUGGGACCUCAAAGUGUUUCAGGUACAUAAAUUUUGAAAUUAAAAAUGGAAUUAACCAGAAAGGUGUUAUGGAGAAGGGUAGCUAGUGACUGCGAAUGGGGGACUGGUUAUGUUAAUGCCUUUAUUAAGCCUGUGCACAUGCACAGUGGCAGCUGGCUGUUUCCAGAAGCCGGAGCAGACUCAGACCAGGGUUUCAUGCAGUUAACUUAAAUGCUGUGGCUUCUCUCUGGCCAGACAUGACUCCCAAGUUCUAACUGACAGUUACCUUGGGCUCCUUUGGGGGGUGCUCCACCUUGGCCCUCUGCAAGCUGCUGUUUCUUGAUUACCCCAUAGUUCUUCUUUGAGCACUGGUCCCUCUGUGUAUUCCACAUGUGGGCACGCAUGAAGUUGGAAAUCUUUCCCUGACUAGGCCACCCUGUGAUGUAAAUCACCCUAGGGAACAAGAAGAAACCUGAGGAGGAGGUCAAGACUCAGGAGAAAGAGGACUAUUUCUCCAAAAUCCACAAAAGAUCUCUCAACCCUUUCUAGCCAUCUAUGCAUAAGGAUCUAUUGUCCUCCUCACAUGACUUCUGCUGCAGUACCUUCUCCUGAUGACUUAAGUCCUGUCAGUAGUUGCUGGGAAGGACAGCGGACAUUCUGGACAUGGAAUUACCUGAAGUGCAGGAGAAGCAGAUACAGUAUUUGACAUUCUUCAUUCUGA